AAUGCGACAAUGCAAUGGACCCACCCGCCCAAGGCAACGAGAGCUUGAGGUAAGCUCCAUCAAUACGUACCUCCGUCCGUGCGUCAACGCCAGCCCAUUGCCCGCCUGCCGACCGUUCAGUUGCAUCAACACAACAACCCAAUCUGGAACCAGUUCACCCAUCAAACAAACCAUUUCAUCUGCCAUAUCCGAGUUCUUCGGCCUGCGAACUUACCGGUCUACCCACGACCCCGAUAAACAGUCGACCAAGCCCGCGCCCCAACACAGCCUGACGUCACCUUUCCCCCACCUAAACAAACCGCCAGUCGUCGCAUUAUCUCCAUAAUAAUGGCGGACCAGGAGCGCCAGCAUGCCUUGGCCUCGUUCAAGGCGAAGCUGAUCGAGUCGCGAGAGUGGGAGGCGAAGCUCAAGAACUUGCGUCUAGAGCUUAAGGGGCUACAAAAGGAGUACGACCAAACAGAAGAGAACAUCAAGGCGUUGCAAAGUGUCGGCCAAAUCAUUGGCGAGGUCCUCAAGCAACUGGACGAUGAGAGGUUUAUUGUCAAGGCCUCCUCCGGCCCGAGAUACGUUGUCGGCUGCCGAUCAAAGGUCGACAAGGCGAAGCUCAAGCAGGGAACACGUGUGGCGCUCGAUAUGACGACCCUCACCAUCAUGCGCAUGCUUCCCCGCGAGGUCGACCCGCUAGUAUACAACAUGUCCCUCGAGGAUCCCGGACAAGUCAGCUUCGCGGGUAUCGGCGGUCUCAACGACCAGAUUCGUGAGCUCAGAGAGGUUAUCGAACUGCCCCUCAAGAACCCAGAGCUGUUCUUGCGAGUCGGUAUCAAGCCUCCCAAGGGUGUCCUCCUCUAUGGCCCCCCAGGUACCGGAAAGACGCUACUAGCCAGAGCUGUCGCGAGCAGCUUGGAGACAAACUUCUUGAAGGUCGUCUCCUCCGCCAUCGUCGACAAGUACAUUGGUGAAUCCGCCCGACUUAUUCGCGAAAUGUUCGGCUAUGCCAAGGAACACGAGCCCUGCAUCAUCUUCAUGGACGAGAUCGACGCUAUCGGUGGCAGGCGUUUUAGCGAGGGUACAUCUGCCGACAGAGAAAUCCAGCGUACACUUAUGGAGCUCCUCAACCAGCUCGACGGUUUCGACUAUCUCGGCAAGACCAAGAUCAUUAUGGCGACGAACCGCCCCGAUACCCUCGACCCCGCUUUGCUGCGUGCCGGUCGUCUAGAUCGCAAGAUCGAGAUCCCUCUGCCGAAUGAGGUCGGUCGUCUGGAGAUUCUCAAGAUCCACGCCUCCGGUGUGGUGAUUGAGGGCGAUAUCGACUACGAGAGUGUUGUGAAGAUGAGUGACGGCUUGAACGGUGCGGAUUUGCGCAACGUGGUUACUGAAGCUGGUCUGUUUGCGAUCAAGGAUUACCGCGAUGCGAUCAACCAAGACGACUUCAACAAGGCGGUGCGCAAGGUUGCCGAGGCCAAGAAGCUUGAGGGCAAGCUCGAAUACCAGAAGCUAUAAUAAGCCUGCCGUAAUUGGAGGAUGGGGGGUUGAGAGAGAGGAGGUAGUGGCGGUUGAACAACAACAGUGACGAACCAUCUUAGACGCGGACAUAGAAGACUUUGCGCCCUUCUUAGAUGCAAGGGGGAGGAAGAUGAUGAGCGACCUUUCAGCUGUAAUUUGUACACAAGCGAGUACCACGAUGCCCGCAGAAAGGGCGUCAGAAUGACUAUUUGAUGGCUUAUGGCGCAGUUCCCUCUACCUUGAAUCUUGGGGUGAA